UCCGCUGCGCAACUAGCAACUCUGAAAGGUUUCUUUGGACUUUGUUCAUAUUUGAGAGGAGUAUAUACGGAAAAGAAUUUCGUGCAGCCGGCUGCAAACCUCCAUCCAUGCAGUCUGGCGUCUGAUGAUUGCCGCGUGUCUGUUCCAAGCAUCGAACGCUAGAGCUUCCUUCGGCCGUGGAAAUCGCUCAGCUCGACUCGUAGCUUCCUAGAAAUUUCUAGAGGCGGAAUCGAGUCAAAGUUCACCCACCGGCCACCGCGUAGCGCUGGAGCUAAGCCCCAACCGCCGUCCAUGGACUAGGAAGAAAGUCAUCCUCCUUCUAGGAAGCUGCGAGCCGAUGGACUAGGAAGAAAGUCAUCCUCUUAUUUCCGUCCAGAAUCCCACACAGCUUCUCCGCAGCAGCAACUGCAAGGAUCAGCAAGCUAACUGACUGCGAUUCGCGUCCUAGCUAAUUCCUUCCUUGCUUGUUUCAUUCCUUCCCACCACACACCUACCGAGACUCCGAGAGGCGAUCGAGGUCGAGCGACCGAUGGAGUUGGCGGCGGGGGCGGUGAGCCCGCUCCUCCGGAAGCUCGGCGAGCUGCUCGUCGGCGAGCUGACUCUGGAGCAGCGCGUGAGGAAGGAUGUCGUCUCCCUCAAGACGGAGAUGGAGUGGAUGGACGAGGCGCUCCGCAAGGUGGCCAAGGUGGACCAGCCCGACGAGCAGGACACUCACUGGGCGCGCGAGGUGCGGGAGCUCUCCUACGACAUGGAGGACGCCGUCGACGCCUUCAUGCUGCGCGUGACGGGGGACACGGAGCCUGCCCGCGGCGACCUCAAGUGCAGGGUCCAGGAGUUCCUCAAGAAGACCGGCCGGUUGUUCGGCAAGGGCAAGGAGCUGCACCAGAUCGCCGGCGCCGUCGAAGACGCCAAGAGGCUCUCCAAUCAGCUUAGGGAAUGCAGCCAGAAGUACAAGAUCUGGCCGGAGGUAAAGGACGGCGGCGGCACGGGUUCAGGUACUGGCGGUGAUUCUAUUGACCCUCGCCUGACGGCUAUGUUCAGAGAGGUCACGGAGCUCGUCGGCGUCAACGGCUCCAGGGAUGAGCUGAUCGAGAGGAUAUCCGAUCGGUCAAAGAAGCAUGCGCAGACUGUCUCAAUUGUUGGAUUUGGUGGGUUGGGCAAGACGACGCUUGCCAAAGCGGUAUAUGACACGGUGAAAGAUCAGUUUGUUUGUGCUGCUUUUGUUUCCGUGUCUCGGAGUCCUGACUUCACCAGAAUUUUCAAGAAGAUACUAUUUCAACUUGACAAGGAACAGUAUGCGCACUUUGAUGAAGCUGUAUGGGAUGCAAUGCAGCUCAUCAAUGAGCUGAAAGGUUUUCUACAGAAUAAAAGGUUCCUCAUCGUAAUUGAUGACAUAUGGGAUGCAGAAGCGUGGGAUUUUAUCAAGAACGCUUUCCCUAAGAACUAUCUUGGUAGUGCACUAAUCACAACAACCCGCAAACACGAUGUUGCUAAAGCAUGCUGCCCUUCCACUGAUGAUCAUAAUAAGAUUUACAAGAUGAUGACUCUAUCUGAGAGUGACUCCCAGAGGCUCUUCUAUAUGAGAAUAUUUGGGCACCGCAAUGGAUGUAGUCCUGAAUUGGAACAGGUAUCUACAGAUAUCUUGAAGAAAUGUGGCGGGGUACCAUUGGCCAUAAUUUCCAUAGCUAGUCUUUUGGCUAGUCACCAGCAGAUAAAAGCAAAAGAUCAAUGGUACACUGUGCUCAACUCUAUUGGUCAUGGACUUGGUGAUAACGUGAAGAACAUGCGAGAGAUAUUAUCCUACAGCUAUUAUGAUCUUCCUUUUCAUCUGAAGGCAUGUUUAUUAUAUCUAAGCAUAUUUUCAGAAGAUCAUGACAUUGGGAGGGAUCGAUUGAUAUGGAGGUGGAUCGCCGAAGGUUUUGUCCAACAUGAAAACAACAAUGACAACUUAUAUGAGGUGGGAGAGAGUUACUUCAAUGAGCUUAUAAACAGAAGUAUGGUCGAGCCAGUAGGUAUCGACUUCGAAGGCAGAGCCCAGUCUUGCCGUGUGCAUGACAUUGUGCUCGAUCUCAUCCGUUCCUUAUCAACGAAAGAAAAUUUCGUCACGAUAUGGGACGACACUGAGACCACAUCUUCAAAAUUCAAGGUCCGUAGAUUAUCCCUCCAAAAUUCUAGUGCACCAGGAUCUGCCACAACCACCUUGUUGCAAGUGAGGUCUUUUACAGCCUUCAGUCCCGCCGUCGAUUCGAUGCCAUCCCUCUCACAGUUCCAAGUUCUCCGCGUACUGGACCUAGAAGGUUGUGCUCUCAAGAAAUGUGGCGACCAUUUUAACCUGAAGCAUGUUGGCAAUCUCUCUCAAUUGAGGUACCUUGGGCUGAGACGAACCUACAUCCAUGAACUGCCGGUAGAAAUCGGAAAAUUACAGUUUCUGCAGACACUGGACAUCAGAGGAGCUCAUGGUAUACAAAAACUGCCUCAGACCAUCUCUAGGCUGCGGAAGCUGAUGUGCCUGCAUCUUGAUUGGGACACGAAGCUACCAAAAGGGUUGAGCAAUCUGACGUCCCUGGAAGAGCUGACCGGGCUGAGGAUCGGCCAAGAUUCUGCACACAUUGUGAGAGAGGAGCUCAGCCAUCUCACGGGGCUGAGGGUGCUAAAGAUGAGUUGGGAGAAGGACACGGAUUUGGGCGAAGAUCUGGUGAAAUCCCUAGGAAAUCUCCGCGAGAUCCAGAGCUUGGAUGUGUACGUCAAUGGCGGGCGCGGCGACCUCAUCCGGACCUGGGCGUCCCCACCGGGACUCCGCAGGUUCCUGUCCAGAGGUCCGACCAGCGAGCUUUCGACUCUGCCGGCGUGGGUGAGCAGCUCGUCGCUCACCUCCCUGGACGUGUGGGUCCGCCGGGUGCGGCGAGACGACCUCCAGGCCCUCGGGGCGCUGCCGGCGCUGCGCGGCCUCCGCCUGCGGGCGGCCGGCCGCUUCAAUGACGACCGCGGUACGGAGCGACUCCCCGCAGUGCGCGCCGGCGCUUUCCCGUGCGUGCGGGCCUGCGCGUUCCUGCACUUCGUGACGGCGCCGUCCAUGUUCCCGGGGGGCGCCAUGCCGGUGGCGCGGCAGCUCGAGUUCAGCGUCCGGGCCUGGGAUCUCGCCGGCGGCAGCGGCGGGCUAAUUGGCUUGGACGACCUGCGCAUGGAGCAUCUCCCUUCGCUGGAGGAGAUUAAGGUGGAUCUCUGGUACAGUGGUGGCGGUGAUCAGGUGGAGAUUGUGGCGGCGGUGCUGAGGCGCGCGGCUGACGGCCACCCCAACCACCCCACCCUUCGUAUCACAGCAACUCCAUGUUACAGAUACUAGCAAAGAUACUAGCAGAAAUGUCCGUGCGUUGCUACGGGUUUUUACUUGCUCUCACGUUAUUAUUCGAUUGUUCGUAAUAUGUUGGCUUCGCUUCACAAUCACCAUUCCACCAUUCGCGAGCCCGGAAAUAUCUCCUCGCCAAUCACCAAUUCAUGGCAUUCCAAGUAGAAUAAAAGUAUUUGCCAAUCCUUGAACACCUA